AUGGACCACUCCAAGAAGAAACCGUCUUUACCUCGCUUGACAACUAAUAUUCCCCUCCUACAGAAACCUUCAAAUGCAUCAUGUAAUACUUUACCAAAAACCCUCGAUGCCAACGCACCCCCGAUCAUCAUGCCCGAGAGGCCGGCGAGAACUUCAUCACUGUUCAAGGAGGACAAGCACGAUGAGGAAAAUAUCAUACCCGUCACACGUUUUGCGCCAGAGAGCAUGCCCAUCUAUCUUUCCCAGAAAAAUGUGGACGAUUCGCCGUUAACAAAAGUGAAGAAGUUGUACUACGAAGACGCCUUUACAGCCCGUGGAUCGCACAACUCCCCCAAGGACCGAGUAACUCAUGAAUCGGUCGUUGUCGUCGAGCUCAAGACCAACACCAAAUCAAAGGAUGAUGCAUCCAAGUUAUUGUCGGAUUUCGCCCACUCCCUUGCCCAAGUCUACCAGCGUCCGGAAACAUCAAUGCUAGUCACCAUAGACCAGAAUGCUGACCUACUUUUCGGAAAUACCUCCGGCUCGGCGUACCUGUUGAAGAUCACGGCUCUAUCGAGUUUGAUUGGACCGCUCACCAACCUCCGCAACACGGGCCUCAUCCAAUCAACCAUCAAAGAAAUGUUUGGCAUCGCGCCCGACAAAGGUGUGGUGAUCUUCACGUCUGUGAACGAAGACAAUCUUGCAACCAAUGGGACGACCGCCAGGAGUGAGAUAGACCGCCUCGAACGAAUUGAUUCUAGCAAUAGCCCCUCGAUCCUCAAGUCUAUCUCGCGAUCCAUGAGUCGUCGCAUGAAAUCGAGUAGCGGAAACAGUGCCCCAAUUUCCCUCACUUCAGUCAUGAGUCCUGAUGUCGCAACCCCUACUUCAACUUCGCCCGUCGCCUUUGCUUCAGGCCAGCCCUCUCCGCCGAAGCCACACCAAGCAGAUGAAAAAAAGCCGAUAGAGUCCCCAAAGGGGGAACCAAUUCAGCAGGUCUCUUCCAAGGACGAGAAAAGCGAACGGAGCUUAAAGAAAAGGGAGAGCCUAAAGAGUUUUGUUAACCGUCGUUUGGGUGAACUGGGCGAGCUUACCACGAAGAAGCCAUUCACAGCCACAAAGGGAAAGAAGGAUUGA